AUGAAUGUAAACACCAGCCCUGGAGUCAAGGAAGAAGCCUUGGGAAUGAGGAGCAAGACCCUGGAGAAGAGCAGCCACUCAGAAGAUGUCAAGAAGGGACAAGUGAUCCUUGCUGCCUAUGUGAUUUUAACCCUAGAUCUGACCUUCGUCUUCAUGCAGAUGGGAGUCAUGCCUUACUUGGCAAACAGCAUAGGUUUGGAUACAGUGGGGUUUGGCUACCUCCAGACAACCUUUGGUGUCCUCCAGCUUGUGGGAGGUUCCAUUUUUGGAAGGUUUGCAGAUAAAUUUGGUGCCCGAGCAGCCUUAAUUCUUUCCUGUGUGUCUGGAAGUGCCUUCUUCCUGCUUAUGUCCAUAUCUACCAGCAUCCCAAUCCUCUUCCUCUCAAGGCUGCCAGCAGUGUUCAUGCAUGGGCUACCAGGUGCUCAGAAGGUUAUUACAGACAUGACUACUCCUUCCCAACGUGCUGAUGCUUUGGGGAAGCUGGGUCUUUGCUUUGGAAUAGGCAUGAUCAUCGGCUCUGUCCUAGGAGGUGUCCUCUCCACCAAAUUUGGCGUUUUUGCUCCUACGUAUGUUGGGCUGGUGGGAAAUCUCAUAAAUACCAUGAUAGCAAUGUUUUGGAUCCCUUCACAGGCUAGGCCAGACUAUCAUUUGACAGAGCACAGCACAUCACAGUCUGGCAGUGUGUUUAGCAUCAAAGAAAUCCUACGCCUGAUGAAGUUUCCAGGAGUAAUGGAAGUUUUCAUAGUCAAAGUCUUUGCUGGACUUCCCAUAGGUUUGUUCCUGAUUAUGUUUUCAAUCAUCUCUAUGGAUUUCUUUGGCUUGGAAGCAGUGGAGUCUGGAUACCUGAUGUCAUAUUUUGGUGUCCUUCAAAUGGUUGUCCAGGGUCUAGUCAUUGGAAAACUCACUAGCCGCUGCACAGAGAUGACCCUGCUCAAGCUCAGUGUCUUUGUCUUCGCUGGCGUGGGCCUUGGCAUGGCUCUGAUGAGGACCGUGUGGCACUACUGCAUCAUUGCAGUGCCGCUGGUGUUUGCCUUCAGCACGCUGGGCACCAUCACCGACAGCAUCCUCACCAAGGCUGUCCCCUCCUCUGAUACCGGUACCAUGCUCGGGAUUUGUGCCUCAGUGCAGCCCUUGACCCGAACAGUGGGCCCAACCAUCGGUGGAGUUUUAUACAAACAUUUUGGUGUCUCUUCCUUUGGCUAUUUACAGCUAAUUCUCAAUAUAGGUUUAUUUGUUUACCUCUUAAAGAGUAAAAUCCCACUGACAGAGAUGAAAAGCCAGUAA